AUGAUGGAUUCGCAGGGGCCAUCACUUUCCAAGGGGUUCCCUGAACAACACACAGGGGCCAGUGAUCUGCAAAACUGUUCCAACGGUAGGAAAGUAUUUUGUUCGUGAGUUAUAAGCUUCUGUAUCCGAUGAUAAGUCGUUUACGACGUGUUUUGAACGUUUUACGGAAGCUCGUUGUGUUGUGAUCAUAGAGCAAAGACAUGCUCUCAGAAAUACUUGAAUUGCGCGGGAAAACGAUUAUUCUGCAUUCAUAUAAAAUUGGACUUCAGUUGAACUCUAAAACUGUUCAGUUCAAGGAAAGCAAAACUACUGAAUGAAUUAUUGUUUUGGGGGUCAGCUAUUGUCUUGCGCAAAAGAAUGUCUGUAAUCGUAUGCAUGCAGUAGCAAUAUCGGGAUUUGAUGUCAAUAUGAGUUGUAAAAAGCUUAGUUUACACAUUUUACAAAUAGAACUUGCAUUAAGAUUACCUUACGUAAAAUUUUGCCAAUUCCUGAAAUUUCCUUAACCUUACACUGAGCUCAACCUUAACCCAAAACUAACAUAUUUUAGAAAGUUCUCAUCCUGUUAUUUUUAACAUAUGAUGCCCAACAUUUGAAGAAUAAUAACAAAAGUCUUAUUUGUUUUAAGUGCCCUUGAAAUGUUCGUUUGCUGGAAGCAAGAAAUCUUACAUCUAGACUCUGUAUGGGUAUUUUCCAAGAAAUAAAAGUUGCGUCGAUCAAUAUUAAUGAAUGACAAUCUUGUAGAUUAAAGCGAAUGAUUGCAUCGCUAUCGUGAUCAAGUUUGACAACAUGAGUUUUGCGAUGAUGCAAAGAAAUCUUUCAAAAAGUGUGAUGCUUGAUCAGAUGUGUUCGCAUUGGUUAUUACAACUGUAACAGCCAAUUUGCCUCCUUGAUUUUGUUUAUUCCAUUGUUGCCGCUGGGUUACGCAAGCUGGCUAAAAUGUUACCGUGAAAAUAAUCAAUUCAUUUAGUUCUAUAUUAAAGGAACUGAAUGACUGUCACUCUAAUGUCACAUUCUCCCUCAGAUCCCUAAGCAAACACAAGGCAAUUUAUAGAGCGAAUUUUAAAGCUCUAUCAGAACCUGGUUGGGGCAUGCUUUCACAUACUCUUUGCAUUGCUCCCUAACAGAAGAUGACAACUAUGAGUUUGGCAAAAACAAUGAAAUUCUGGAAGAUGGCAAGGACACCCAAUCUCACCCUCAAAAUGAAAUGGAAGAAUCAUCAUCCACCUUGCUUGACAGUGAACUCAUUAUCACAACGACGAGUACCAUAACAACAAAUUCAAAGCAGUUCUCACUGCCCAGUGUCUCAACAGCAUGUUGUGAUUCUGAGCAGCCUAGCUCUGAACAAGACUGCUUUAAUCUCCAUGGCAACUUAGAGGACCAGUUAUCAUCACCAUUUGAACAUGGAAGCGCAGUGAACCAUGAUGAAGAUUUGGAUAUGACAUUCCCGCGCUCUGUAUAUGGUGGGAUUGGAGAUAAAGACAUGAGUUCAUUUCACCCUGAAGGUACUUUUAAUCUCCAUAAAUCCUUGAAAUUCUCUAUCCUUACCAACAUUGUUGUUGGAAAUUAGGUGGUCCCAAGAAAUUUCUAUACCCAGCCCGUAGAUUACUGUCACUGGCAAUAAUUGCCAGUGACUUGAAUUAUUCAAAGGGGGGAUUAGGGUCUAGGAGCCACAGUUUCAAUGUUUGUAAGGAAAAGUAUGAACAGCAAGCAGAAUUUCUACCGGGGUUUGGGGUGGGGGGGGGUAGGGAAGGGGUAGGAAAAAAUUGGAUUAAUUGAUUUUGUCCCACUAGUCUCGCAGAUGUUAUUGUUUCUUAACUGAACUUUUGCUUUCCAUUUAAAAAUCUUAAAAUUUGGACAGUUUUUAAUCCUUGCUGGCGAGCCGUUAAAAAAUCUCUGCGGCACUGUCUUGAAUGAAAGGUUCCUUUGAUCAUGGUGGCAGUUAGUGUUGUUUCUUUUAACGAUAUUUUAGUACUUUCCUUUAAAGGUGAAGUAAAUCAUCUGGAAAGAGGAGGAAUCAAGCCUGACUUUAACCUGAUCAGUGUUGAUGGCAGGGUUGUUCCAGAGUACAUAAGAAGCAUUGAUCCUUUAGGAUCCCCUAGUGUGGCACAUCUGGUUGACCCUUGCUCAUCUACACAUUUACAGAAUGGCCAACAGUCUAAUGAAGAACAAAGAGCGCCUUCUUUAAGUAAGUCAAGUGCAAAGUCACGUCUUACUUGGGGACCUUAAGGGUACUCCCAUACAUUUACAUGUAGUACCUAAACUGUAUAGGUAUGCUGCAUGCAGUGGGGUAUUACAUCUGGGCCAAGUUCCUGAAAGGUCGAUUAGCACUAAUCUAGGAUUAAAACUUUUGUUCCACCUUUUGUAUACUUACUUUCCUAUGCAUUGCGUAGAGUAACAUUUUAUGUUAUGAUCUCUGAAUCUCAGAGUGAAGACACAACAGUAUUUUGUAAGCGCGAGUGACAUGUUCUUAAACAAGAAAACCUUGUUUAAACUUAACCAUCUUUUGGGGAACUGGUGUCUGCAGUUUUGGAGUUCCCAGUCCUCAAACAGGCUAUUCUUUUUAGUGCCAUGAUCAUUAGAUGUGGUUUCUCUUAGUUUCUCUUGUCCUAAACCCCAGUUAGAUACCUCACCUUAGAGUCCAUAAUUUUCCCAAUUUUUUUUCGUGGAACUUUUUGAAAAGGGCACAUGAAUCUUCAAGCUAUUUUCUUAUAAAAAUGUCGGGUUUAAUAACCUCCUUGAACUAUACGGUUACACUAAGUAACCCCUGUAAGGAAGUCACACCAUUGAUAUUAACUGACCAUAAAAUAAGAGCUUCUUAAGAAUUUAACUGUGUGUGACUUCAGAAGUAUAUGCAGCUAUUCUGUUCAAUUUAUUAAUCAUGUGAAAUCACUAGUUCUGUGAUUUAACCUGGCCUGACUUUUUCAUACUUCUUUUGUAAAGUGUGUUUUUUAAUUUUACUUUUUGUUUGUUUCACAUAGUAGAAGAUUCCAAUAUCAACAAAGAGUGUCUCGGUCAUGAAGCCACAAACCAGGGACAACAUGUGGAGAAUAACACAUUACUUCAAGAGCAGAAUAAACCUACACAGGAAAUAACAAUUCAAGUGUAUCCCAACAGCCAAGCUAUUUCCUUGGUAACGACUAGCAUUCUUUCUGCUGAUGUGACUUCCUUUCCAACUCAAGUUCCUACAUUUUUAACAGAGGGUGAUGCUGAAGCGAGUGAAACACAUUAUCAAGUUGUUACAACAAGCUCAAUGCUAAAUCAUGGAGAUAGUAGUACUGCAGCUCUGGAUGUGCUUACCUCCUCAGCAGAUCUCACCAGAAAUGUGAUUUUGACAGAUCAGCAACAGGUGUUGCUGAGUGGAAUGCUGGUACCAGGAGUGACAGGAAACCAGGCGAUUCACAUCAACAUGACGCGUGAUGGAAGUAGUGGCAUGGAGGUGGAUGAAACAUCACAAGAUGAACAGGUAUUUGAACUCCGUCCAGUCAUAAGUAGGUCAAAUACAAUUUUCCAGAUGCAUACAAGAAUCUUUAAGACAGUACGCAAUGUUUCCGCCACAUUAGGUUGGUCAGUUAGUACGCUGUAUCUCUGAGGCAUGCUUAAUUUUCAACUAAUCCACCCUCCAGCAGCUCACUGGUGAAAAUUUAUUUUGUCUGUAAGUAAACUUUUUCCUUUAAAAAUUUCAUGGUGACUUGAAUCAAGGUUUUAACAUACUGUCAUAUUAAUCUGAAAGUGAUGGGGUUUUAGAAAUAAGUAUGUUGAGUUUCUGUUUAUCCUAGUUGAUUAUUGUAAGAUGUUGAGUUCUGCUGCUAAUUUGGUGUUGGUGAAACUCGAAAUCUUCUUGUAAUUAAAAGCAAAUAUGUUACAAAGAAAUGAGAGUUUCUUGGUAGACCAGUGCAUUCGUAACGUUUGAUCUUUAGGACCUUUUGUGUUUUGUAUGUUAUUCAUGAGCAGUAGCUGAAUGAGUUAACCAUAUUAACCAGUUUAAUAGGCCGUCUUAGGGUGGGUAUGCUUUCCCUAGUUUGAUUUUCAAAACCAGUCGUUUCAUGCAUUGAGGAGGAAGCCAUGUCCCUGUUGGCAUUGUACAAUUUAUUAUUGUUUUUGCGCUUAAAUUGUCUUCAUCACUGUUGCAAUAUUAUUUCAACCCCUUGUGUUGUUUGUCACCAUUUUAUUUGUCUCAUGUCGCCAUUUCAAGGCCAUGUUGCUUGUCGCGAUUUUACCCGGGAAGGGUCUCGUUAGAGUCUCUGGCCAGAUCCUGGACAGAAUUGUGUUAUUGGUAUGGAAUUUAUUGGAUCAAAAUGCAAAUAAUGUCUCCCUAUUGUAAAAUGUCCCAGAUGGCAGAGAGCAGGUGACAAGUCAGGCUGUAUUCACAGGCUAGUCCAAGUUUUGUAUUUUCUUUAUUAUAACUCGUAAACAAGGUUCUCUGUAGACAAAAUCAGAUAUAAGUGUUAGACAUGCAGUAUGGUGCAGUAUUGCACAGUCACUAAUGAAAGAUAAUAACAUUGUUGUGGUAAUUUGCAUCAACAGGAGGAUGAGGAACAGUGUAGUGAUGGCAAACGCCAUGUGUGCCCACACCCUGACUGUAAUGUAGUGUGUUCCAAAGCAUCUAAAUUGAAGCUUCAUAUGCUAGUGCAUACAGGGGAAAGGCCCUUCAAGGUAUCUAAGAAAUUAAAAAAAAAAUAAAAAGUCUUCUAUUUUGAGAUUUGUAAAAUUUGGCACAUCAUAACAAAUGGUCGCCUAGUUGGAUUUCGUUGAUCAAAUUAAGGCCUUUUUUUAUUGAUUUCAGUGUCCUCAAGAAGGGUGUGAAUGGGCAUUCACAACAUCAUACAAAUUGAAGAGGCACGUUCGAGGCCACACUGGAGAGAAGCCAUUUCUGGUAGGUUUUUUGCACAGCCUUAUUUGGUUUUAACAGAUCGACGUGCCACGUUCAAUUUUCAAGUACUAAGGGUAAAUGUAGUAUAUACUUGACCUCUACUUCUGUUGUUGUGGACAGAUAGGUGGGAACCACAGAAAAGAAGGGAAGGAUUUAGUCUAGAUGAAGUCUAGCCUGUGCCAGACUCUGAGAUAGUUGGGAUGUUGCAAAAUUAUAACAAGCCAAGCAAAAAUAUGAUGUGUGCAAUCUGAGGAAGGGGAAAGUGGCUCUCUCUUUCCCCAAUCCUUAAGCAUUUUUACUGCAAAACCUCACAUUACUAUCUUGGAGCCUAGAAGAGGCUUCCUGAAGCCUGGAGAGUUAAGCAGGGUGCAAAGAAAGUCAGUUUUACAGUCUGCCAUUUGGGCAAGCUGUAGUUAGCAUGUACUAGACCACAAGCCAUUUCAACUAGCCCCAAAACCCUUUUUAAUUAGCAGGAUUGAUUACAAUCCUUCUGUAAUUUGAAUUUCCCCAAAAGACAGCACUUGCCUUCAGGCAAGUUACGAAAAAUCACUAGCCCGAUAGCAAAAUCCACUACACAACUUUCUCUGCAUGCUGUCAAGAGAGUUGAUUACCGGUAUCUUUUAAAAGCCUGGAUUUGAUUGUAGGAUAUAAAAAUGUUGCAAAUUGGAUGACUGGUGGACUUUUUUUAUUUAACAGUGCACCCAUGAAGGAUGUGGCAAGUGUUUCACCACUGCUUACAACUUGAAGACACAUGUCAGAGCCCACUAUAGAACAGACACCCACAUGUGCAGAUACGAAGGCUGUGACAAGACAUUUCCUACAGCACACAAGCUAAAAGUUCACGAAAGAAGACAUCAAACAGAGAACAAGCCAUAUAAAUGUGAAAUGGAGGGUUGCGGUAAGGUGUUCUCUGCCAAUGGGACUUUAACAGCCCACAUGAAGAUUCACAGUGGAGAAAGACCACAUGCAUGCCCUGUAGAUGGAUGUGAGAAAAGGUUUACAAAGGCAUCGAAGUUAAAGCUGCAUUUGAGGUCACAUACGGGUGAAAGGCCAUUUCACUGUGAAGUACAGGUAUGACUAUCAUAUGUUUACAGUCAAACCUCUCUCUAUGUCUCACUUCACCACAGUGUAUAAAUGAGUGCCGACUGCACACUGGUGGGUAUAACCCUGCGAUAGACUAGCUUUCUAUCCAGUAGGGACUGGUAAUACCUCUGUUAUACUUGCCAAGUGUCACGCCUAAGGCGUGAUUGUCACGCCUGCAGAUCGAAAACUUGGAUCUCACACCUACUCUCACCUGUGGUAACGUCUUCCGAAGUCUUCAGAUCUUCUUCAGACAUCUUCGGAUAUUAUCGGACCCUACAAAAAAUCUUGGCACUCUUAAGGUAAAAAAUGUCACGCCUAUAAACGUAAAAAGUUGGCAGGUAUACCCUGUGUUCUUCCGUUAUACACUCUGACCUUAUGGGCCUCUUUGGCUCAAGGUGCCCUUUAACCAUUUUUACCCUACAUGUAUUUUAGAUACCCUACUCCCCUAAAUGUCUCUCUUUCCUGUCUGACAGUGAUUGUUGUAGAGAUUUGAUUCAUCUCACAGUGUCUUUUUUGUUCAGGGAUGUGGCUGGUCUUUCACAAGUGCUUAUAAACUUAAGCGGCAUAUGCGGAAACACACAGGAGAGAGACCAUUUAUGUGCCCCCAUGAAGGCUGCCUUAAAUCAUUCACAAGAUCAAGUCAUUUAAAGACCCACAUGCUUGUCCAUACAGGAGAAAAACCUUAUGUUUGCCCUGUGGACGGUAAGGUUGUUUUCCCAAAUGAAGUUUAUUAUGCGUACCUUUUUUUGCCAAUUAUCUCUUUACAAUAAAAAAAGAUGUUCAAAAACCUUCUCUUGGAAAUUGAAUGGGACACAAUAAUCUCUCCUCAAGCACUGGAGACAAAAUGUUAAUUUUAAUUUUAAGAAUUGAUGCUAUUCAGUCAUUCAUAGCCAUGUACCAUACUCUGAGAAAUCACAAUAACUUUAUUUUUUUCCUAGAGACUGAAAUUCAAGUCUUGCAAAAUUUGAAUUUCCCAUUACUGUGAAUUUGAGGUGCCCACCAAAACUGGAUAACUUUUAAACUGUUCAUGAUCCCCUAUUUUUCCAUAAAGAUAGUUGUCAUUGAGUACUUAUCAUUAUGGGUCAGGGUGGCUAGUUUGGUCCCAUGUAGCGAGGGGGUGGGUGUCAGAAUUUAUAGUAGUAUGAGGGAGGGAGGUGAGAAAAACAGAAAUAUUUUAUUAUGUUAUUUAUACUACUAUAUGAAAAAUUUCGGCAAUUUGAUUGGCUUAGAGCAGUGGUAUUUCAGCUUAAUUUGAAAUACCUACAUGUAAAAAUUACAAACCUUUUGCGGGUCAUAGUAUAAACAAAUAAUAGCAUGAUUUGUACGUGAUAUUUGGCAUAAAUACCACUUGUGAUAUUUCAAAAUUGUCUCAAAUUUCACUCGCCUAACGACGCAUGAAAUUACGUAUAACAAUUUCCAAAUAUCACUGGUGUUAUUUAUGCCAAAUAUCACUACAAAUCAUGCUAUUACCUAUACUAAUAAAAUUUACUAAAAGUUGUUCUCGCCUCUUCCCAACCAUCGAUCCCCUGCUCCCAAAGUAAAUUUGAAAUGGUACAUUUGAAACUUGAUUCUGACAAUCUUAUAGAAAAACAGCAGACUGUGAACAGUCUGGAUAGUUAGCAAGAGACUAUUCACAUGACUUUCAUUCAGGAAAGAGUUCACCCAUCUUAAUAUAAUUUUUCUGCAUUUGUUUACAUGAUGCUGAAACAACCUUUUGGUUCCCACACAAGUCAUUCCGGUUUUCAAUCCGAAUGAAUGAAAUUCUUGUUCUGGUAUGAAAUUUCAUUCUGGUAUCAUGUAAACUGAAAACGAACUUCAUUCUGGAUUGUAAACAGUGUCUAAAUCACAAAUUGUGUAGUCUGGGGUAAGUGGCACAUGCGUAUCUGAUGUGAUGCAAAAACCAUGCAAGCAAGAAUAAGCCAAACCAGUGAAUUUUAUGAUGUGAAUGCAUUACGAACUUCAUUCUGGAAUUAAACUCAUUCCCGAAUGAAAGUCAUCCUGGUAUCAUAUAAACAGCCCCUAAGAUAGAGAAGUUUAAUGUGCCUGUUUAUUUUUUUUUAAGGGUGCAACAAGGCAUUUACUGCAGGAAGUAGUCUUAAUGUACACAUGUGUAAACACACUGGUGAGAAACCAUUCAAGUGUGAUAUUGAUGGUUGUGCAAAGACCUACACCACUGCUGCUAACUUAAGGGCCCAUCAAAAGCGACAUGGAAUGAAGGCCGUAGUGGGUAAGAACUUAUACAUGAAGUUGUGCCAAUAAAGUUAAUGCUCUCGCCUAUAAAGAAUGAAAUCAACAUUUGGACAUUCAAUUACCUGUACUAUUCAUAUGGAUAAAAAGAGAUUUUGAAGCAUGCGCAAGUUAGGGUACUUUUGGUGCUUACCUUUUGAUAGAAAAACUUGAAUUGGUUAGGUUGCCCAGUGCAUGAUGAUAUACACUUUAUCUGCUGCCUGCAGAAAUAGCUUUUCUGUUACGCUUUGAACUCAACAAAGGCAUGAAUAAAAAGCUUAAAGGAAAAUGUAAAACAAAUGGUAAGCGAUAUUCCAUUUGGCAGCUGUAACCACAUGACCUCCUUCAAGUUUGUUAUUGUUCUGUCUUUGUCCCCUACCUUUCCUCCUUGCUCUAAAUGUUCUUUAUUAUACUGUGGUUACAUUUUCUACCUUCCUUUUUUUCCUACAGUUGAUUUCAAUGAUGCUUCCCAAGGUGACAUGCCUGCAGAGCUUGGUGUAGUUAGCUGCGGGAGCAAUGCUAGUGAAACAGAACCCGAAGUCAUGUACACCACCAUUGGUUCUUUCCACCCAAGCAAUUUUAACCUAGAUGAUGCUGCACGUCUUUCAGCAGUUGGUAUUCAUAUACCCGCUUCAUUGCAGCCAAACACAUUGUGUGCCCUGGUAACUUCCACAGGCAACUCACUUUCCACAGGCAUCCCACUUGUGUCUCCUUCGACUGAACUUGCAUUGGAAACAGAAAAGAAACAGUCAGAAGAUGGAGAAAUGAAAGAAGCAAGUAUAUCAGGAAUUCAAGUGCCAAUCUCAGUUCAACAAGAGCAAUUUGUUACCGAGGACCUAGAAAAUAAUACAAAACUUGAUGUAACGGAGUUCGUCGUGAGAAGUACUAGUGAUGACACAAUUUCACCUGCCGCCCAGGUAAGGACAGAGGUGGUUGGAGUGGACGGAACCAAGCUCUCUGGAAACUUUGAUUUGUGUAUAACCAGCAUGAUGAGUCAUAUAACAAGUGAAGCGGGACAAGAUGGAACUGGAGGACACCCUGCUGUUAAAAGUGUUGUGUCAUCAGGUCGGUCUCGUAAAAGGUCCAGAACUCUUGACUUUCGAGAUGUUCACCCUGAGGAUCAGUUUGCGCCGCCUGCUGUUAUAUUUCAGGUUUGUUUGUAAGUUUCGUAUGUUAAGCCAUUCGCCCCUGAAACGCCUGUGUGUAUCCGAGUCUCUUCUACAGCUUGUCACUUCAUCAGGACAACUUUGUGAUCUCACUUGUGCAGGGUGAAGAGAUCUUCAAACCAUAUCAGAAUGAACAAGAUCCAGUCAAGGAGGCCGGAGAAAAGGGCAAAAAAACACGUAACGUUAACCAGAAAAUUCCUCUUGUUCCACUACCCGCCGACCUUUCCUUUCAUCUAAUCGCAAGAUCCUAAAUGCUUUCCUAAAUUAAAAGCUUUUCCCACCAAAAUGAAGCCUUCUAAAAUGCCCAGUAAAAGAAAAAAAAGUGGAGGAAGAAAAGCAGAAGAAGAGUGGAGGAGAUAAAUUUUGCUUUCUGCGCAUACCUGAGCUUCAAAAGCUAUUCUCUUGCAUCUGGAUCCUUGGCUUCUUAACGUAAGACAUUUCAUAAACCUUCAUUUUGAGCUCCUGAAGUUGCAUAAUUAUUAUGCCAAAAAAAAGCGAUUGUAAUUUGACAUCUGUUGGUUUGCAGGAUGAAGUCAAGUCCUCAGACACUGAAAAUGAGGCUGAAGUCUUAGUGGCUCAAAUCCAGCAGUCCCCUGAGGGAAUUGCCACGGUUCAUAUUCCCAGGGAUUCGUUUCAAAUCAAUUUACCCCACGGACCAGUAACUGAUUCAACAACAGCUCAUGUACCGGAAGUGGAACAUGUGGAUGUCAAUACAUGUGGUAACCAUGGUAACACCAUUGAGAUUCCUUUAGAAUCUAGUUCAACGCUACCCGGUGCGUCUGCGCAAAGUGAAGUUAUGGAAAAAGGAGGCUUAUCUCCAUAUAUGGACAAUCAAAGCUCUUCAGAGCAAGACGAAGGGAACGGAGACACUUAUCCAGAAAGCACAAUUAAUUUACAAGACCUCCGAUAA